AUGCGCGGAAUGCAGCCCAAAGCACAGGGCAGCCGGUUGAAACCGGUUGCUGACACGCUGGAAAGCGUCGGAUUUGUGUCAAAGGGGGACAGGAAGCUUUUGAGCGUCAAAGCUCAAACCGAGUAUUUUUCCAAAAUCACAGAGCGCUACGUUAAAUUCUGCCAUGACAACAACAAAGAUCUUGGAGCUGCAUUCAUAUCCAUGCCAACAAGCGCCUCGAAUGAUGCAACUUCGAAUCCGCCAGCGGCCCUGCCCUCCACGAAACGAAAUGCGGUUGACAAAAGCAUUCCAUCGGCAUCAUCAGAGCUGUCAACACUUUUGCUCUCACUGCGAAAGCUUCGCGAAGCCAUACUUGCUACUGCUAAAGAGACGCCCAUAGAAUUUAUCCAGCGCGUCCACAUCUUCUCGAUCCGCUUGUCAAUUCGCGCGCGACACCCUCCAUCGUACUUUCCGUCCCUGCGUUACAGCCUCGAGAGACUACACACGCGAGCCCACCCGCUCAGGCAAACGGAUUUGAAUGAUGUGGUAUCGUAUCUGAUACUGGACUAUGCCUGUCGACAGAAUGACAUGGUCUCUGCUCUCGAGCUGCGCGCACACGCGCGCAGAGACUUUGCAUUUGCCGACACUGAGAUCGAUCAAGCCCUCUGUGCAUUGAUGCACGGCAAUUGGGUCCUUUUCUGGAGAGUACGAAAGAAUGUUGAUUCAUCCAAGCAAGCGGUGAUGGACUGGGCGAUGGCUCAGAUGCGGAGACGAGCCCUCAAGGCCGUUGGCAGCGCAUAUCUCAGUGUUCCUGUAGAAUUGGUGGUCGGUGAAUGCACAGGAUACGAUGAAGAUUGGACAUGGGAAAAGCUCGUCGAGCAUGAAAAUCUUGGUUGGGAAAAAGAAGGCGAAAGAAUCAUUAUCAGACGACCGAAAAUACGGCCACCUGCGAAACCAGAGACAGCGCCGACAGGCGGGGCAGGGCCUUAG